CCCGUGUAACACAUUUCUUCGAUCAGUCGGCUACUCCUCCCCUUGUGCAGUUUUCGCUACAGCCUUGAAAAUGUCUUCCACAAAUCCCACUUUCGCGACAGAAUCAUUUUCAUCCCGUAAAAAGCCCCCGCCUUCGUGCGAUUUCACAGUGGGAUGGAUAUGUGCCAUCUUCAUCGAGUACCUUGCUGCGCUGGAAGUACUGGAUGAGAAGUACGAGGCCCACCCCGGAGAUGUGCAGGCUGGAGGAGAUUACAAUGAGUACACGCGGGGUCGCAUUGGAAAUCACUAUGUGGUGGUUGUCUGUCUACCCGCGGAGUCCUAUGGGCUGGCGUCAGCUGCGACUGUCGUAACAAACAUGCGAAGCACCUUUCCAACUCUCCGAUUUGCGUUGAUGGUUGGCAUUGCCGGGGGCUCUCCACGAGCUGGUAGUGACGUGCGCCUGGGUGACGUGGUUGUCGGCACAAUGGUCAAACCAACCAGGUUUGGCAAGGAUACGACUGAAGGCUUUGAGCACACUGGCCAUGUUCCUCGCCCUCCCAACAUCCUGCUUUGUCGUGUAAAUCAUCUGAAGAGGCGCACACUCAUGGAUAUAGACAUGGAAAGAAUUGUUGACGACAAAGUUCGUGCUCUGCGCAUCACUCUCAGAGACAGGUUUCAGCCCCGGAGCACGAUGGUGGACCGCCUCUAUGCAUCCGACUAUAUCCAUAGUGAUGUUUGCGAUUGCAAGAGGAAUGAGCCUGGUCUUCCUGACCGCAUUGUCGCCCGGGAAGAGCGCCUUCCGGGUAACCGUCUUGUGGUGCAUUCUGGGCCAAUAGCUUCGGGUGACCAAGUCAUCAAGAAUGCAAAGAUUCGCGACCGUGAUGCGAGUAAGCUUGGUACGAUCUGUUUUGACAUGGAGUCGGCGGCAUUGACGAGCAUCGAUGCCAUUGUCAUCCGCGGCAUCUGUGAUUAUGCAGAUUCACAUAAAAACGACGAAUGGCAUGGCUAUGCUGCUAUGGCUGCUGCACUUACCGCCGUCGAGUUUUUGAAGCUGGUUCCUGUCGCCGAUGUUCAGAAGACUCGGAUCGGUAUCACCGAGGAGGAAGUCCGUCGGUUUGUGGAAGCGUCAAUCGAUGAGCUGAAGGUUGUAGUAGAUGAUACCUUGUGCAAUCAGCAAGAGAAUAUUUCGAGGGUGCAGGCUACACUUGAAGGGGUCGAUCAGCGCUUUUCGCUCCUCAACCGCUUGAAAGAGCCAGUGACACGCAACGAGGACGAAGUGGGUCGGACAGUCGUACAGCUUCGCAGCCUCGAAGAGUCUCACAACAAACUCGCGACUGCACUCCAAGACCUUUCGGAAACAAUCUUACAGCAAGAGAAAAGAAGCUUAACCGCUGAGACUAAGCGAGAAUGGGCGACUUUGCGUGCUACUGUCACUAGCAAGUCUGCGGAGUGCCGAAAAGCUGCCGCUUUCAUCGGUGAGACUUUGGAUGUGGCGGGAGACGUUCUCGAAAGUGUUGGAGAAUACACCAAUAAAGACGAAUUGAAAUUUGCUUCCCACAUCACUCACCUCGGAGGCAGGUUUGGUAUUAGAAUCAGCAAACGCGGCGACAAGCAUGCCGAUUCUCCUGUCAAUGAAACAGCAGCGAUCGAGGAUACCAAGGAAGCUAAUGACAGCUUCUGGCAGCGACCCAAGUUUGAAAAGCCCAACUUCAUCAGCCAAACCCAAGACAAAUUUUCGGGCUUGGUUGGUAAGAUGUCGCUUCGCAAGGGUACCAAUGUUGAACCAGAACAGAGCUAUGGGGUCGCAACACUGCGUCAGCACCUUCAGAACAUAGCAACAACAUCUCAGGAGGAUCCCACAAGCCUAUCCCUCCAGGUCCGUUGCGACCGAAACCUGACAGACUCCGUUCCAAAGGCAGUGACGGGAGUGGAGGAUCGGUACAGUCUCUUCAUGGGCAGGCCUCUCACGAACAGGUAUACCGAAGUGUCCAGGAACCUGCACCGAAAAUUUCCAGAAUGCCAGCGUCUUCUCAGGACACAAACGUUCUAA